AGCCCCCGACAGCCGCGAGCUCCUCACUUGGCUCUCUCCCUCCGUCGGGGAAGCAUGGGGCUGCCCAGGCUGAUCUGCGCCUUCUUGCUUGCAGCCUGCUGCUGCUGUCGCCGCGUCACGGGUGUGCCAGGAGAGGACAAACAGCCUACACCCACACCAGACGUGGUGGAGGUGGAAGUGGGCCACACAGCCUACCUGAAGUGUGGCCCACCGCAGCAUUCCUCAGUCAACUUCAGCCACGUGGACUGGUUUUUGAUUCACAAGGAGAGGCAGAUACCCAUUUUCCGUGUGCGCCAGGGCCGGGGCCAGAAUGAACCUGGGGAAUACGAGCACCGCCUCAGCCUGGAGGGCCCAGGAGAUGCCCUGUCCCUGAGUCAAGUCACUCCCCAUGAUGAGCGUGUAUUCCUCUGCAAGAGCAAGCGGCCACGGCUCCAGGAUCACUACUUUGAGCUCCAAGUCUACAAAGCUCCAGAAGAGCCAACCAUCCAGGCCAAUGCUGUGGGCAUCCACGUGGACAGACAAGAGCUUGGGGAGGUUGCUACCUGUGUGGGGAGGAAUGGGUACCCCAUUCCUCAAGUCAUCUGGUACAAGAAUGGUCGGCCCCUUCAGGAGGAGGAGAACCGUGUCCAGAUUCAGUCGUCACAGAUUGUGGAGUCCAGUGGCUUGUACACCUUGCAGAGUGUUCUGAAGGCACAGCUAGUUAAGGAGGACAAAGAUGCCCAAUUUUACUGUGAACUCAACUACCGGCUGCCCAGUGGGAACCACAUGAAGGAAUCUAAGGAGGUCACUGUUCCUGUUUUCUACCCUGCAGAAAAAGUGUGGGUGGAAGUAGAGCCUGAGGGACUGCUGAAGGAAGGGGACCAUGUGAAAAUCAGGUGUCUGACGGACGGCAACCCUCAGCCCGACUUCACUAUCAAGAAGCAGAACCCCAACACUGGGGAGAUGGAGGAGGAGACCACCGAUGAAAAUGGUAUCCUGGUCUUGGAACCUGCGCAGAGGCAACACAGGGGGCUCUACCAGUGUCAGAGCCUGGACUUGGAAACUAUGAUCACCCUGUCAAGUGACCCCCAGGAGCUGCUAGUGAACUAUGUGUCUGAUGUUCGAGUGAAUCCAGCUGCCCCUGAAGCCCAGGAAGGCGAUAGCCUCACACUGACCUGCGAGGCAGAGAGUAACCAGGACCUUGAGUUCGAGUGGCUGAGAGACAAGACAGGCCAGCUGCUGGGCAAGGGGCCUGACCUCCAGCUAAACAACGUGAAACGGGAAGCAGGGGGACAAUAUCUCUGCAUGGCAUCUGUUCCUAGUGUUCCUGGCUUGAAUCGCACACAGCUGGUCAACGUGGGCAUUUUUGGGUCCCCGUGGAUGGCGUUAAAGGAGAGGAAGGUGUGGGUGCAGGAGAACGCAGCGCUGAACCUGUCUUGUGAGGCUUCAGGACAUCCUCGGCCCACCAUCUCCUGGAAUGUCAACGCCUCGGCGACGGAAUGGAACCCAGAUCCACAGACAGCUGUGAGCACCCUCAAUGUCCUUGUGACCCCAGAGCUGCUGGAGACAGGUGCAGAAUGUACAGCCUCCAACUCCGAGGGCUCAAACACCACCACCAUCAUCCUCAAGCUAGUCACUUUAACCACCCUCACACCCGACUUCCGCCAGACCACUGGCCUCGGCACCUCCACAGUCGGUCCUCACACCAGAGCCAACAGCACCUCCACAGAGAAAAAGCUGCCACAGCCAGAGAGCAAAGGUGUGGUCAUUGUGGCUGUGAUCGUGUGUAUCUUGGUCCUUGCUGUACUGGGUGCUACCCUCUAUUUCUUCUACAAGAAGGGCAAACUGCCGUGUGGACGCUCAGGAAAACAAGAGAUCACGCUACCCCCGACUCGUAAGAGUGAAUUUGUAGUUGAAGUUAAGUCAGAUAAGCUCCCAGAAGAGAUGGCUCUCCUACAGGGCAGCACCCGCGACAAGAGGGCUCCAGGAGACCAGGGAGAGAAAUACAUCGAUCUGAGGCAUUAGCUGACUCACCAAUGUUUCCGGCUCCCUGCUCAGUCUUCACCCCAAGCUAAAGGGACAGCAGGGAAGACUCCCACUCAGGUCCAGAGGGCCAAGAACUGGGACAAGCGCCAUUUGGAGGAUCUCAUUUGGCCAUGGAGGCCUGGCUUUAGAGACCAAGUCCUCCUUUGUGUCCACUGAGUAAUGCUUAUCCCACGUGACUGGGAGCCUCAGUCUCCCAGGAAUGGGAAGGGUUUUGUCCCCUCCUCCCCUUUUCCCAAAUGGAUUUUUUCUGUACACAGCCAAAGGUUGCAUAUCCAUCUUCUGCCAUCAGCUGCGUGGGCCUGCCCCUCUGAGCAGGUGUUCUCCCCUCACAGGCUGUAUCACAUGAUGUGGGACCUGGACACGUGGUCACAUACACUGUUCACACUGCUCCUCGAGAGGCAGCUGCAGCACUGCUUCUGUGCCUGCCUGCUGCUCUUUCAGGGAUUUUUGGGAUAUUUUUCCUUUGGGCAGAAGUCAGGGCUUGGUGGUAAUCCUUUAGUCGGUGAGUUAGGAAGCUCAGCACUGUUGUUCAUUUUGGAGUGAAGGCUAUUUACUGAGCCUGAGCUUCCUGCUUCCUCAGUGGAGAAUGGGAGACUGGAAGAGAAGCGAUGGGACAGAGGAGGUCUACUGGGAUGGGAGUAAGCUCAUAGGUUAGUACCAAAUUUCUACAUGCGAGUUUAUGGGCCCAGAUCCCAGGAGAGUCUAAGUGGGAGAAUGGUACUUAGAGAUGAAAACCUGGCCUGGCAAAAGCUAUUGGAGUAUGUGUGCAUCUGUAAGUGUGUGUGUGUGUGUGUGUGUGUGUGUGUGUGUACAUACAUACAUACAAAUAUAUAUAUAUAUAU